UAAGACAUUGAUCCAUUAAAACCCCACUUUCUCUCUCCUUUCAUAAUAACAACCUUACAUAACUUCAUAAUAUCUCUGACACAAUCCUUAGAGGGAAGUCAAAAUUGAUCUUUGCAAAAAUUCAUAGAAUGCUGGAAUGCAUCUCCUUCAACUCACUCACUCCUUCACCAUCCAACCUCCCUCCACCACCACCACCUCCUCCACAUUCCCAAGGAAACUCAACUGAAGAAGAAGAAGACACACCCAUCACGAGUCCCAAUGUCUCACACGAGUACGACCUCGCCGUGCAGACCCACUCCUACAACGAGAUCCGCUCCAUGGUCCUCGCCCCUCCACAACCAGACCUCAUCGUCCAAGAAAACGAAACCGACCAAGACUCCCACCACCGCCACGUCCUCACCCAAGUCCUUCAACCCGACCCGGAUAGCGUCCGUGAAGCCCUAGCCACCGCUAAACCCACCAGCGCCACCGUCACCCGCCUCGUCUCCUCUUACUUCGACCACAGCCAAAACGCUUCCCACCUCUGCCUCCUCCUCUGCGGCAGCAUCCACCGUGCUCGUCAAAUCUACGCCCCUCUCUCCGACCUAAUCGGCAUCCUCGACCCUUCCUCAUCCCUCUCUCAGCCUCAAUGCGACCGCGCUUACGACCUCUUCCUCCAAUUCGACCGCCACGAGAACCCUUUUCUGUUCCCCCACUUUCAGGACCUCCGCCGCAGCUUCUCCAACCUCCGUAGCCACAUCCAGCUCGAUCGCCGCAAAUGCCGCUCCAGAAUCCGCCUCCUCCGCCGCGCCACCGCCGGCUGCGCUGUCUGCCUCGUCGCCACCACCGCCGCCGCGGUGGUAUCUGCCGCGCUCUUCGCCGUGCACGCUGCGGUUGGGUUUGCCGCGGUUGCAUUGACCCCCUUUUGUGUUCCUAAGAGUGAGAGGAAGGUGCGUGAGAGGUUGAAGCAGCUUGAUGCUGCUGAGAAUGGUACUCUUGUGGCCAAAGACAUUGACACCAUUGAUAGCCUCGUGGACCGGCUUCAGACUGCGGUGGAAGGCGAUAAGGCUCACGUGAGGUUCGCGUUGGAGAGGGGGAAGGACCGGCACGCGACGCAGGAGGUGGUGAAGCAGCUUCGGAAGACGCAGCUGGUGCUUGAACAGCUGCUUAAUGAUCUUGAGCAACAUAUCUACCUCUGCUUUUCCACUGUUAACAAAGCCAGACGUUGCCUGCUCAGAGAGAUAAGCCUUCAUCAAACUUUGUAGUUAGAUUUUUGUGUUUAUUAUGAGAUAAUCACUUCUGAUUCAUGAUGCUUGCAAACUGUUUAGGCAUGCACAGAAACUGAUCAACGAUUGAGGUAGUGUUUGCUAGAUAAGUUAGAAUAGGGCAUAACAUGUGAAUCAUUUUCUACAUUUGAUGCUUAUUUGUAAAGAAUAGAGAAUAAAAACACAUAAGGUAAAAAAUGGUAUAUCUUGGUUCCAUUAAAAAGGUAGAACCAACAGAAUAAAAUUUAUUGUUCCAUUCUGUUC